GCUGCCAUGAUGGCAGAGGAGCUGAAGAAGGAGCAGGACACAAGCGCCCACCUGGAGCGCAUGAAGAAGAACAUGGAGCAGACCAUCAAGGACCUGCAGCACCGGCUGGACGAGGCUGAGCAGAUCGCCCUCAAGGGUGGCAAAAAGCAGCUGCAGAAGCUGGAGGCCCGGGUGCGGGAGCUGGAGAAUGAGCUGGAGGUGGAGCAGAAGCGCAAUGCAGAGUCAGUGAAGGGCAUGAGGAAGAGUGAGCGGCGCAUCAAGGAGCUCACCUACCAGACUGAAGAGGAUAGGAAGAACCUGCUGCGGCUACAGGACCUGGUGGACAAGCUACAGCUCAAAGUCAAGGCCUACAAGCGCCAGGCUGAGGAGGCGGAGGAGCAGGCCAACACCAACCUGUCCAAGUUCCGCAAGGUGCAGCACGAGCUGGAUGAGGCAGAGGAACGGGCCGACAUCGCUGAGUCCCAGGUCAACAAGCUUCGGGCCAAGAGCCGUGACAUUGGCACCAAGGGCUUGAAUGAGGAAUAGCUUUGCCACAUCUUGAUCUAUCCAGUCCUGGGGGUGCCAAUGAAGACCCAGACACAGCGCCUUUUAUAAGAGCCCCUUGGGAGGAUGCAGAAUAAAGCAAUUUUCCUUGAAGC